UCCUGUAACCACCGCCGCCAUAGUAAAGUAAAUGGUAAAGAAGUGAGACUUGAUCAGGUACACAAAGGUGUUUUAGGAAACAAAGAGGAGAGAAACUGAUCUGUUCGUGUUAAACGACGACCCCUACAGACGUUAACAUUAAUUUGUAUAUCCAGUCGGACUUUGUGAUUCCUUUGUUUACUUCCGAGACAAAAUGAGCUCUGAAACAAAGGCUGCAAAUCCUGGCAAGAAAAAGGAGGGUUUUCUAAAGAGGCAGGCGAAACAAGCCAGAAAUUCUGAAAUGUUGUCAGAAGACGAACUACUACAGAGGAAAAUAAUAACACCGGAUGAUAUUCUGAAGCUCAGCAGAUGCACAGAGAAAUACUUGUGUCCACCAGAAGCAAAUGUCUACGGCAUAGAUUUUACCCGCUUCAGAUUGAGAGACAUGGAAUCACAGACAGUUUUGUUUGAAGUGGCUAAGCCCACUCCUGGUGAUGGAGAAGACUUUGAGCAAGAACUGGAUGACUCAGACCCAAAUGCUGGACGAUUUGUGCGUUAUCAGUUUACCCCCCAGUUUCUCAAACUGAAAACAGUUGGAGCCACGGUUGAGUUUGUAGUAGGAGACAAAGAAGUGACCAAGUUCCGAAUGAUUGAGAAGCACUAUUUCCGGGACCGUCUCCUCAAGUGCUUUGACUUUGAAUUUGGUUUUUGCAUCCCUCACAGUCGCAACACCGUUGAACAUAUAUAUGAAUUUCCUUCUCUGUCUCCUGAUGAAAUUCAAGAAAUGAUUGAUCAUCCAUUUGAAACCAAGUCUGACAGUUUCUACUUUGUGGAGGACAAACUGGUGAUGCAUAACAAGGCGGAUUAUGCAUACAAUGGGGGAUCAUAGUUUCCUUGGCAAGAAGGUGUCACUGUUCAACAUGCCAACAGGUCUUGUGCUUUGUGUUUCUGUCUUUGUGCUUCUGGUUACCUUUCACAAAAUUAAAAAAAAACCUUCCUGAUGGACCUUAACAUAAACGCACCACUUUUGCAUUUUAAAAUGUAAACAACUUUCUCGGUGCAUUUAUCUUAAACAACUCUCGACUGUUUAAAAAAUUUGAUGGUCAGAUCCAGGAACUGAGAAUACAUAUUGAGCCUGAUGUUCACUGUGCGUCUGGCAGUCAUGCUGUGUAGCUGUCAAAUAAGGCGUAAGCAUGAGAAACACAUGAUCUGAAAUUUUUGUGACAAUUUGAUAAUGGUUGUUCUACUGCAUUGACAUGUUUCUGGAAAUAUUUUUGAAGAAAAAAAAAUGAAAAUGAAAGUUUAAGAAAAGUUGUACAAAAGUGCUAUUGAUGAACCUUUGUCUUGACUGCCUUUACUGUGUCAGAGAAAUUCUCUGAUUAGGCUAGGCAUUAUCAAAAUUUAUUUGAGUGUAGAUGGGUGAUUUAACGCUUUUUGUCUGUUCUUUUCUGAAAUUUUUAGGACUUAAUUUUGCAGAAUUCAUUUAGUCUUUUUUUUUUUAAACCAGAGUUUCUCAGUUUCAAGUGACAGCAUGCCCUAGGCAGAUGUAGUGGUUAACAGAUUUGGAUUGUAUGACUCUUAAGCAUAGUGACUGGUAUGUUUUGUAACUUCAGAUGGCUAAAUAUGCCACAUGUAACAGAAACUAUAUGUCACACAUAUUGUGUGCAGGCAUUUGUUUGAUGUAGAACUCUGCUUCCUUGCACUUUAUUUAAAGUUUUGGCUUUGACUCAUUUGAGGAACAUCUUACAUAGAUGCGUAAACCCAUUAAAAUUUUUUUAUGCUGGCUGUUCAUGAAAAUGAAAAGCAAUGUUUACUUUUAUAAUAGCAAUCUCUUAAAAAGACAACAACCCAGAUCAAGACAAAUUUCACACUAAUCUACACAGAAAAUUCCUUUAUUAGUGAAACAGUUCUGAUAGAAAUAGCAUAAGCCAAUUUUUUUUUAAAUUUUAUUUUAAAAGAGGUUCGAAAUGUGUUGUAACAACGUCUGCAAAUUUUGUCAUUAUACAUAAACUCACAAAAAGGUCUUUUCACCUUUUAACAAAUGUAUAAAAUAUAAAUAUUUUAUAAAAUAAAAAAGUUUACAAAUGCUUACAUUUCUAUUGUCUUUAUGUGUAAUGUAAAAUGUAUCAGCUCAUGCACAGCAGCAACUGGUACAGUAACAAUUGGUUCAAACAGCUAAGAUCCUAGGGCAGAACUGAUGUAGAUAAAUACUCCUUAAUUUGGUAGCAAUAUUGUAAUAGCCAUCUUUUCAAUACCUUUUGUUCAAACAGGAAGAUUGAGACACUUCUAUUACACAAUGAUUUAAGAGUUAAGUGAACAAAGCAUUGCUUAUGCUGCAUCUUCCUACUAUGAAGAAGCAUUCUCAUCUUGUGUUUUGUAUUUUUCUGUUAUUUUACAAUGGCUUUGAACUUGCAUUAACAUUCAUAAUAUAUGAAUUACCUGUAUAUGAGGUGACUUCUUUUGUCUAUCAAGUGGUAUCAAGCAAAGCAUUGUAUGGCAUUUGCAUGUGGUACAUGUUGCUUUGUCUAAUAGCUCAGAACAGUGCAAUACUAAUGCUAGUUCAGACAGUUCAGAUUUAGGCAGCCCUUGCAUCUAGCAAAAUGGGGUCAUACUACAAAUUAUAUGCAGUAUAUACAUGCAUCAUGUGUGAACCUUUUUCAGAAUGGUAGGAGUUUAUUAUCAAUUGUAAACUAGAUGCAAAAUGUUUUGAAUCAAUAAAAUCAAUGUGGGGAGUCAGGUCCAGGAAAAUUCCUGGAAUUUAUUGCUGCCAAUUGAAAAUGGACAUAGUGAGAAGACAAAAGAUUUAAUGUCCAUCGCCAAGAAUAAGUCUUCUCUAAGAUCAAUUUUUUAAAACAGUUUUUGCUUAGGGUCCCUAUGCGUUAAGGUCCUCUCUUUUUUUUGGUCAGUGACACAUCCCUUUUGUUGCCAGUGACUCCUUUAAAAUUUCUACUGAUUUUUUGCAUAAUAGUCACUUACAGAUCAUUACCUCAGGACAGUGAAUUAGAGCUUUGGAAGAGACCUCUGCAGGUAUUUAUUGAAGAGGCCAUCAGCACAACUGCCAGUAAUACCUUAAAUUGGUUUCUCCAAGCCUUUGUAGGUUGGAUUUUGUGGUGGGGAGGGGAGGAUUGUGAUUUUCUCUUUUGGAUGGAAGGGGGGAACUGUGGUUCCAGCUAGUUCAAGCAUGCUUCCAAGAAUCCACAGCAGGCUUGUUGAGGAUUGUGUACAUUCUUAGCUGCUCCUUGAGCAGGUCGUUAGUCUCACUUUCGUGACUUAUUUGCUGCAAUUUCAAACAAACACAACAUUCACUGAAAGCUGCAGGAACAUUAGUUGAAAGUGAAUGAGCUCUGUAAAGAAAGGAAAAAAGUAAAUCCACUGACUGGGACCAUUUGUUAUUAUCUUACUUACAAAGAGCCAAGUACUGAGAAACCUGCUUUUUUAAUGUCUAAAGGAAAUAGGAAUGGAAAUUAUUAAGAUUGUCUGUUGAGGCUACAAGUUGAUGUCUAGCCAUGUUCACACAAGCUCAAGACAGGCGAUUUAAAUACAUGUGAAUGACUUCAUGAUUAUAAUAGCUAUCAUACCAAGAUGGUUUAUUAGAAAGGCAUUGCUGGUGCUUUGUAUGCACAUAAGUGAACAAUUCAAGUAAGUAAAGAAUUGUAAGUCUUGCACAAUAUUUCCAGAUCAAUGUAUUUCCGUAUCUAAAGGUCAUCUGUUAGGGGGAUGGGGUGGGUAGGGGUGCAUACACUUAAAAUUACAGAGUUUGGACAAAUAAUGCCACAAUUCAAGGUGUGGUGCUAGAGGAUGGAGUAUGUCCAUUCAUGUUCUCUGGCACUUUUCUUUCUUGUAUCUUGGUUUCCAUCAAGAGAAUUUAGAAGCUGCACUUGGAAAGGAUUCUUAACAUGUACUAAUGUGGUCUUUAAAUAGCUGUCAGCAGCUGUCAGUACAUGCUGUUUCAAACCGCUGCUUCACAUUUGUGGACACUGCACUGAUUGACAGUGGUGUACAAAAAAGUUGCAACAGAGCUGAUGUACUUCAUCUGCAAGUUUCCUGAUGGCAUUAAUGCAGGCGAUCAUUUUUGAAGUGUACAUACAUAAUUCUUCUUCCCAUUCCUCAUGAAAAAUUAAUAGUUUUGUUCCCCUGUUUUCACAGAGAAUUACCCAAAUGGAACAACAUUCACUGACCACAGCAUGCAGUGUGUAAAUUUUGUGUGAAUGCAUGCGUGCGUGUGCAUGCAUGUGUGUGGGUGGGUGUGUUUUGCAGUCACUGAUUGUAAAUAUCCACCGAUUGCUAUUCCAGCUAGGAUAUGUCACUGUGGUUUUGUAUUAAUGUUUAAGCUAUUUUAUGAAACAUUUUCUUAUGUAUUUAUGACUCAUUAUCUUCUUAUCAGUCUAGUACAUUUAUUUAAUAUUUGUUAUAGGUGUUUCAGUAUUUUGUAACAUUCCAGACUUGAAUGUUAAGCAUAGUUUUGUGCAGGUCAUACUACAAAGCCCUUGAUAUUGUCAUUUAUAUUUGAGAAUUCUACUAUUUUUAAAACAAAUAAUGAGAUAUUGACUAGGACUCAUUUAUAAAUUGUAUAGAUACAUUGUGGCUGUUUUUCUUUUGUGCAUGUUGAUUUAUGUUUUUGAUGCAUAUUAGUUUAUUUUUAAAACAAUGAGAGUAUGGAACAUGGAAUAAAAAGUUCUUUGUGACUGACAUGUAGUUUACACAUUCUUACAAAUGAUGCAAAGGUUACUUCCUCUUUUGAAUUAAAUUACUGCAGUAGAUGAUGAAUAUUAAUAGGUUUCUUAUGGUUAUAAACAUAAAUAGAUAAACACAAGAAAACACUGCCAUUAAGCCAUUCACUCUUGGCACAUCAUCUCCUUCUCCGUCCACCCAGUUUUGUGUAUGCAUGUGCAGAUUGUACAUGUUUGUGUUCAGGAAUUUUUGUUUUUAAUGUUUUGAAUAUGUCCUGUAUGAAUGUGUGUAUUUGUUAUUUUUAUAGGCCUGUAAAAUCUGUUUAUUGGCUGAUAUUCUAUGACACAUUUUUGUUUAGUACUUUUCUUCUGGUUGUGAGUCAUUUCGACAUUCAGACUGCACACACAUUAAGUGUUACAAUUUCCAAGUAAAGCAGUUUAUCCUGUUGUACAUCUACUUAAGUCUGAGAAAUAUUUUUGUAAUAACUUAUACAAGUUUUGAUUCAUUUCCAAGAAGCAUUUCUUACAUGAUGCUUCGAUUUCACACAAUUUUUCACAAGCACUUAAUGGUAGUGUUGUGAACUAGAGCAGAAAGAAAACAAUUUGAAAGAGCAGGAGUGGUGGGGGCACAAAGAUUGAGCAAGUUAAAUGCAUCAUGUUCAAGCGUUUCUUCCUUGUCUCUUCUUCCCUUACUGAUCAGAGUCCUGUUCAUUUUUUUUCAAUUUUGGGAGAAAAAGAGCGUCAAAUAAAAAAUAUGCAUAGUUCAUAUGGUGGAGCAACUGUGACAAAGGUCAGUCUUGAAAUCGUGCUAUUUACUGUCAUUUGCAAGGUAGUUUUAUAGGAUUUUUUCUUUUUUGUUAGCUGAGCUUUUUGAUAUUUUCUGUUUAAUUGUUCAUGAUGAAAGCAUUGUUCAUUGCAAUCUUUCACCACAUACAUGAAGUCAUAAUGGUAGUCUCCUUUCUGUUGUAGUUUUGAUGGUUCAUUCUUUCUCUUCUCCAUCAUGAUAGCCUUCACAUAUGUCUAAUUGUUUUGUGCAUAAUCUUUGUGUUACUUUGUGGUUGUUCCAGAAAGUUAUCAAUUUGAGUUGUUUGCUCACUGUACUUAUGUGCAACAUUAAUGAGUGGGUUUGGUUCAUUAUGGCAUAUAAGUGUUCUGUUCACAAAAUACAAGUUUUAAUCAACAUCUUAAUUCUUACCUAGAUUUUAGAAAGACCUCAAUUUUUCAUGUCAGAAAAGUAUAAUCACUAAUUAAGCCUAGCCUAAGUAGUGUAUGCUUGAAGCUCUUGCAUUGAUUGUAACUUCAUCGAUAUCAAUAGUUAGAGGUUAGGUAAAUUUUGUAUGUGCUUUUUUUUUAAAGGACAAUUUCGCUACACAUUUUUAUAGAUAAAGUAAUGACUAAGCUGCAUUAACUUUGCUUAAUUUUUUGUCAUUUGGGUUUAUCAUUUUUGACUCAUAUUAGGAUGAUGCUUUCGUAGGAUAGUUCUUUCAAUCAAGACGGCAUAAUGUUUUUUGUACAGAUUAGACCAGGACAUCUCUUUAUUCAAGUAUUUGUGAGAUAAAACAUUGAGGGCAGUUGUGAUCACUGAUAAUGAAGAGAGAAAUUUGGGUGUAUUGAUCUGUCAUUCAGGCAGGGUUUUCUAGCAUGGUGUGGUGUUGAUCUGUUUCAUAGGAUUUUGGUUCAUAAGCACAGAAACGGUCAUCGUUUUUAAAAAAAAUUUGUUAGCUUAUCUUUGGCUUAACAGUGUGUAAAACUUUAUUAAAAAAAUUAAAGAGUGAUCUUUUAUGAGGGGUUACGUUGGUGUCAACACCACUUAUUAAUAUGCAGAAAGAAAAGGACUGCUUCACUGACCAAAGACUGCUUUUAUUAAUUCAAGAAUGUUACUUUCAUUCAUUGGAAACUUAUACAGGUACAGAAAAUUUGCAGAAAUAUUAUUGAGAAAAAUUAUACAUCAAAGCAUGCACCUUAGCAUUGGGUGAGUGAUAGUUGCAUGUGGUUGCUAGAGGUGACAACUCUGUGGCUACUUGAAGAAUCUUACACUAGAAUUUUCAAAUAUUCAGUUGAAUUUUUUUUUCUAUAUUUCCUUUUGUUUUUAUUUUCUUUUAGGGAGGGGUAGUUUUGAAAAUACUCGUUUGUUCUUUUGCUAUCACUUAUUAUCAGUUAUUGAUUUUUGACAGCUAUAAGGUAUCACAAUUUUUAAAUGUAAGUUUCAUUAUAGUGUUUGCAACAACAAAAAAUUGUGUAACCUUUUGUAGCCUUCUCCUUAUUACUGAACAGGACUUUGAUGUGAAAUACCAAUUAAAUGCUCAUAUAAAACAG